AUGUCUGCCCCCCUCAAGGUUGACCACGCAAACUCGCGUUGCUCCGCCCCGAAAGGAAUGAAGAAAUCUCCGAAGAACCACCAGCGGAUCUCGGGCAUUUGGUGGUUCGCACUGGUUGCCACUGCCUUGAAACUCCUCCUUAUCCCCGCCUACCGGAGCACAGACUUCGAGGUCCACCGCCACUGGCUGGCUCUCACUCACUCUCUCCCCCUCUAUCGCUGGUAUUCCGACACCACCAGCCCAUGGACAAUCGACUACCCACCUUUCUUCGCUUACUUCGAGAAAUUCCUCUCCUUCUUCGCUUCUCUUGUGGACCCCACCAUGACUCACCUCCAUAAAGGCCUUAACUACGCAUCCCCUCUCGCAAUCCUCUUCCAACGCCUUUCUGUUAUCUUUUCAGAUGUUGUUUUAAUUUACUCCAUCCGUAAAUUAAGCAAAGAUCUUAAGAAAACUGAGAAAUUCUUGAUCUGGGCUUUGAUUAUUUGGUCGCCCGGAUUGUUUAUUGUUGAUCAUUUGCAUUUUCAGUACAAUGGGUUUUUGUUGGGGAUGUUAUUGUUAUCCCUUUCUUAUUUGGAGGAAGGGAGGGAUGUGAUGGGAGGAUUUGUUUUUGCUGUCUUGCUGUGUUUUAAGCACCUUUUCGCAGUUGCUGCGCCUGUUUAUUUUGUGUAUUUGUUUAGGCAUUAUUGUAGGGGUGGAUUCGUUAAGGGGUUUGGUAGGUUGGUGGUAAUGGGAAGCGUUGUUUUGACUGUCUUUGCCGCAGCUUAUGGACCUUUUGCAUAUUAUGGGCAGAUACAACAAGUUUUCCGCCGCAUGUUUCCUUUUGGUCGGGGACUCUGCCAUGCGUAUUGGGCUCCAAAUUUUUGGGUAUUCUAUAUCAUUUUGGAUAAAUUGCUUGCCUUUUUAUCUGUGAAACUGGGGUUUAACAUCCAAGCACCAACAGCUUCAUUCACCGGUGGGCUAGUAGGGGAUUCUUCACCUUUUGCUGUAUUACCCACGAUCACCCCUUUGAUCACACUCAUCACGGUCCUUCUUGCAAUAACUCCUUGUCUCAUAAAGGCUUGGAGAGAUCCCCAACCAAGGAUGGUUACGAGAUGGGUAGCCUACGCUUAUGCUUGUGGAUUUCUAUUUGGGUGGCAUGUUCAUGAAAAGGCAUCACUUCACUUUGUGAUUCCCCUUUCCAUUACUGCCCUGAAAAGUGCAGAAGAUGCUAAGCAUUACUUCUUUUUGUCCAUGGUGUCGUGCUACUCACUCUUUCCUCUUCUAUUUGAAGCUCAAGAGUAUCCCAUUAAAGUUUCAUUACUUCUCCUACAUGCUAUUCUCAUGUGGUUUGGCUUUUCCUCUCAUUUCUCUGAAAGUAAAGUUGGAAAAGCAAGUUCAUCAGUGCCGGAAAAAGAUGACAAAUUAAGAAGUCCUAAUAUUGAUAGGAAUGCCGAGUUUGUAGUUGGAUGGUGUGGCAAGGCCUAUCUGUUCGGCUUAUUUGUUGUUGAGAUAUGGGGACAGUUUCUUCAUCCUCUCAUUUUUGGUAACAGGCUUCCGUUUCUCCCCUUAAUGAUGAUUUCAAUUUAUUGUGCACUAGGAAUGACAUACUCUUGGAUAUGGCAAUUAAGAUGUAUCGCCAAGUCUCGUUGA